AUGAAUAGCAUCAAGGAGAUUAAGGAAAAUGCAUACAUGUAUUUGAAUGAAACCCCCUCGAGGAUGUGGUCAAGGCAUGCCUUUGAUGUAGGAGCAAGAAGUGACCAUAUAACGAACAAUAUGACUGAGUCAUUUAAUCAAUGGAUUGGAGACUUAAGGAGCAAACCCAUUCUCACAUUGGUUGAUCACCUAAGGGUGAAAAUAAUGGGUAGGCUGCAUAGAAGGUAUGAGAAGGCAACCAUGUGGGAGGGUAAAGUAACACCAAAGGUUAUGGUGAAGUUGAACAAGGUUCAGCAAGAAGCAAGGCAUUGCAGGUGUCAACCGGCAGGUGAAGGUCAAUUUGAGGUCUUAGACAGAUUUGACAACAGAUUUGUGGUUAAUUUGAACCAUUACAUGUGUGAUUGUAGAGUUUGGGAAGGCACUGGUAUACCUUGUCUCCAUGCUGCAGCUUCUAUAUCAUACAUAAGGGGAGAGUUGGUCAACUAUUGUGAUCCAUUUUUCAGUAUUGGAAAAUACUUGGAUACAUACAAAGAGAUGAUCCAUCCACUUCCAGAUUUGGCAGUAUUGAAGGAUGAUGCUCCUAAUGAGAGAGUACUACCACCAAGUCUGAAGAGGUUACCAGGUAGACCUCACAAAAUCAGGAAAAGAGAAGCAGGAGAAGCACUUCCUUCAGAUUUCAGGAAGAGAUAA